CUUUAUCAGAAUCUAUCUGUUUAGCCCUGAACUGGGCUGGGAAAAUUUCGGAAUUUUUUAGAAGGGAAUUUUGAUACGGCGGUCAUGGCAACAGCUUUGCGAUCAUUAACCCGGGCUAUGAGGAGAUCGAAACUGUUAUCCAUGUAUAGUUCAGGAUAUAUGUUGCACUCUCAUGCUACUAGUUUUGGGUAUAAAGAGGUGCGGGAGGAAGAAAAGAGCCAAAUGGUUGGUAACGUUUUCACCAGUGUUGCCUCAAACUAUGACCUAAUGAAUGACUUGAUGAGUGGUGGAUUACAUAGAUUAUGGAAGGACAGAUUGGUUUCCAAGUUGAAUCCUUUCCCUGGAAUGAAGCAUCUUGAUGUGGCUGGUGGUACAGGGGAUGUUGCUUUUAGGAUUCUAGAAAGUAUAAACAGUGUUAAACGUAGAGCUUUGCAAGAUUCUCCUGAAGAUAAUUUGCUGGAGGAAACUCAGAUUUUUGUGUGCGACAUCAACCCAAACAUGUUAAAUGUUGGUAAGAAGCGGGCACAAGAGAGAGGUCUUGCUGAGGAUAGAGCUCUUGUCUGGGUAGAAGGAGAUGCAGAAGCUUUGAAUUUUGAAGACAAUUCAAUGGAUGGUUACACAAUUGCCUUUGGGAUCAGAAAUGUUACGCAUAUUGAAAAAGCUCUUGCAGAAGCUUAUAGGGUGCUUAAACGAGGGGGAAGAUUUCUUUGCCUUGAACUGAGCCAUGUUGAAGUUCCAAUUUUCAAGGAACUGUAA